CCCUAUACUUAGAAAUUUUUAUUUAGGUUGCAAGUACCAAGUCUCCCUUAUGCGGUAUUUUUGGCAAAAGACAUGCAAACUUUCCUCUUUCGACAGCUGACCCCCAACCUCGUGCACUCUCCUCUCCCAAACUCAAGGAAGAAGACCAAAAACAAACAGAAGAAAAAGGAAGAAGACCAAAAACAAACAGAAGAAAAAGGAAAAGGAAAGGAAAAGAAAAGAAAAGGAAAAGAAAAGAAAAGAAAAGGAGUUGUUGAUUAUACAAUCAGACAAUUGAUCGUGCCAGGAAGACGCUGAGAAUACAACUUAAAACUACGUACCAUCAUAUGCAAUCGUUCGGAACUGUGUGUAGCUGUUGUUGACCAAGUAGGGAGAGAAGGAGGUGGAGAUAAUCUCAUGGUCCAAUUUGUGCUUCCCCCACCAUCACCAUCACCAUCACCAUCACCCAAUACAACGAUUUCAACACCACUGUUACCACCCAAAAUAAGGUCAGGAAAUAGGUUGAAUCGUCAUGUACGAAAUGCUCUCAUCCUUGUAUCUCUUGUUUACCUCCUGGUUAUAAGAUGUGAAUCAUUGUCACCAGAAGAAGGAGAGAGGGAAAAAAAUGCACUAUUGGAAUUUAAGAGUUCAUUAGAGAAUGGAGACAUGGUGCUAGGGAAUUGGAACAAUCCAUCAAGAUGUCCAUGUCCCCAAGUAGGAUCAGGAUCAGGAUCACAAACACCAAGAACACCUUGGACUGGGGUGAUUUGCAACAACGGCAAUGUAUGGGGGAUCCAACUUGAUAAUAUGAAACUAUCGGGGGAAAUUAACGUGGAUUCACUUCAACAGUUGGGGCAAUUGAGGACGUUGAGUUUGAUGAACAACAACUUUGAAGGGCCGUUUCCAGAAUUUAGGAAGCUAAGAUCAUUGAAGGCGUUGUAUAUAUGCACAAAUAAGUUUUCUGGAGAUAUUGAUGAUGAUGCCUUUGUGGGUAUGUCUUCUUUAAAGAAAGUGCACUUGGCAUACAAUGAAUUUAGCGGUGAUAUACCCAGAUCAUUGGCAUCUUCUACGAGUCUUACAGAGUUGAGGAUAGAGAAUAACCAAUUCAUGGGCCCCAUCCCAGAUUUCCCACACACUCUCAUCACAUUCAACGCUUCUAACAAUCAUUUACAGGGUCCUAUCCCACCUUUUCUUAACGAGAUUACUGAUGCCUCCUCUUUCACAGGCAAUGAUGAAUUAUGUGGGCCACCGAUAAGUCCGGUAUGUGAUGAAAGUGGAGCUUCCUAUAAUCCUUAUUCGUCAACAGAUGAAACCCAUAAGAAGAUGUCCAUGUUGACAGUCAUAGUUAUGAUAAUAUCAGCUUUGCUAGCAAUAACAGCAAUUGCAACACUUUUCAUGUUGUACCUUCUGGGUAAGAGUCGAAUAGAUCACAUGAGAGACUACAGUGAAGGAUCUUCAUUUUCAACUUGUACAAGUCCAGGGGGAUCUGUCAUGGUGACUGAACAACAAUUAGAUUCUAAGAAGCCUCCAUCUAUAGUGGGUGCACAAGGGAAAUUGACAUUCUUGAAGGAAGAUGGGCCGAGGUUUGACCUGAACGACCUGCUUAGAGCAUCCGCAGAGGUUCUUGGUUAUGGAAGCUUUGGGUCAGCUUACAAGGCAGUGAUGAUGGAUGGACAAGCUCUGGUUGUGAAAAGAUUCAGACAGAUGAGCAACUGCGGGAAGGAGGAGUUCCAUGAGCAUAUGAGGACGCUUGGGAGGUUGUCACACCCUAACUUGCUUCCUCUUACAGCAUACUAUUAUCGUAAAGAAGAGAAGCUCUUGGUUUUUAACUUCGUACAUAAUGGCAGCCUACAAAGGCAGCUUCAUGGAAAACAUACAACCGAAAAGCUUGAACUUAACUGGCCAACUCGCUUAAAGAUUAUAAAAGGAGUUGUAAAGGGUAUGGCUUAUUUGUACACAGAAUUACCUAAUCUGUUAGUGGUUCAUGGUAACCUUAAAUCUUCUAACGUACUCAUCGACAAAUCCAUGCAACCCCUGUUGAUGGAUUACACCUUGCUCCCUGUGGUAAACGUGGAACAUGCACAGAACAUGAUGGUGGCUUACAAGGCACCUGAAUACAUUAAAGAUGGUCGCAUCAGCAAGAAGUUGGAUGUUUGGAGCCUAGGGAUAUUGAUACUCGAGACAAUGACAGGGAAGUUGCCUGCAAACAGCUUGGCACAAGGGCAACCAAGUAAGUAUGGGAGCGAGUUGGGUAAGUGGGUGGAGUCCAUACAGGGGGAAGCGGUGGAGGAGGUGUUUGACAAGGACAUGAAGGAUACAGACAAUGCGCAGGGCCAGAUGGUGAAGCUUAUCAAGAUCGGGCUGGAAUGUUGCGAGGUGGAUGUGGAGAAAAGGCCAGAAAUGGAAGACGUUGCUAAUAAGAUUCAACAGUUAGAUGAGAGGGACAAUUGAUUGAUUAAAACCCCACCCGCAUAUCUUUGCUUUAUAUUAUUUGUAGUAGUAACUAUUAGCAUAGAUUUGUAAUUCUCUCUUUUUAUAUUUGGCAGAUGUCCAUCUCAUAUAUAUGGCAUUCCUUCAUACUUGUACUUUGUAUCUUACAGGAAUAAGAGAACACAAUCUUUAAGGG